AAAACAAAACAAAACAACGUGUUGUUAUUAAAGUGAGUGGAGUGAUGGUUUUGAUAUCAGAUGCUUUUGGCCUGGACGUGUCCCCCAAUGGGAUACUGGUUGGACAUGGCGACCAGGCGGUGUUGUACAGCUCAAAAGCCAAAGUCGAAAUGCCGGUUCGACUGCGAGAGGGAAAAGUUCGUGGAUUUGCGUGGAGUUUCUUAGGUCAUUUACAAAGAUUAUUAUUGCUUUAUAGCGAAAAUGAAUACUCCUUGAUUUUAUGCACCACCAGUUCUGAUAAAGAACAAUUUCAACUCGUUUACGUGGGCGAAACCAAAGACUGGAUUAAUGCAGCCAUGUUCUUGGAUGAUAAUCAUAUCGAAUCGGAUCAUAAAAGGCGAUUUGUUCUCCACACAUCGCAUAGUGCCAUCCUAUAUCUGGAAUACGAUCUUACAACCAAUUCAGACUGCAAAGUUCUGCAAUUAGCUCGAUGCACCGACAGUUCCAUACUCUACUACACCAAAUUACAUGGAAAUUGCUAUGAUAAACUAGCUAUAAUAAGCGGCAACGCCUUUGGAGAACUAUUGAUAUGGCAAACGCAGUUUCCCAUUGAAUCUCAAGCCGAAACUAUCAUGAAAACAUAUCCCCUGCUUUUGCGUCUGCCAGCCCAUAAUGGAGUGAUACACUCUAUCGAUUUCAAUUUGGACUCGCAACUCUUGGUAACCACAUCGGAUGAUCGUUCGGUGAAGUUUUGGAAUAUACAAAAAUCUGGAGACUGGUCAACUGCCAAGAUAAAGCCCAUCUUUAGUUGUUUCGGUCACAGUUCACGUGUAAUGUGUGUUGAAAUCUUUGAAAUGGAUGGUCAAAUGCUUGUGGCCAGCGGAGGUGAAGAUUCCUACAUCUGCAUUUGGAGUUUAUCUGGCGAACUAUUAUUGAAACGCCGUCAGCAUUUUGGAGCACCUAUUUGGCGGCUGAGUUUUAGUAAGGAUGCAUGUACGCUAUAUAGCACCAGCUCCACCGGUAAUUUAGUCGGUCAAAACCUUAAAGAAGUCCUCAAUAGAACCAGGAAUUCCCCUUCCAUGCUAAGUAACUUAGGCGAAGCAAAUGAGUUUGUCAGAAACCUAAAGUUUGUAACGGAUGAGAUAAUUGUCGGAUUGAGCAGCUCGAAUCGAUUGUAUUAUACUCGAAUAUUGCCGGAUUCCUCUCAGGAGAACAACUGGCUUAUGGUUAACGAUUUUCCGUCGUACAAACGUACUGUCCUAGAAGUCUUUGAUGGCAUCAUUGCCACCUGUGGUCAUCGCCGAAUAAGCCUUCACAGAUAUAACCCACAAACCAAUGAUUUCGAUCAACUAUUCGAUGGCAUCAGGAUGAAGGGCACCAUACGCUCAUUUCAGUUUUUAAGCAAAGAUCUUUAUCUGGUGUCCGAUAACCUGGGCUACUGCCUGCUGCUGAAAACCCACCAGCUUUGCAUAGACUCGCAUAUUGCCCUUUUCAAUAACCGUGAGCCUUGGAUAACAGCGGCUUUGCUCAUUUCCGAAAAGUAUCUUUUGUUGGGCAAUCGUGAGGGGCAUGUCAUGCUUUACUACCGUAGUACCACCGAAAACGACUUCCAAUUAAAGGAUACAAUUAAGCAUUUACACGGCAACAUGGGCUCCAACUUCUUUAAGUUGCUCAAUCUCAAUGAUGAGUAUGCCCAUAUUGUGAGUGGAGGUCAUGAGGCUUUUCUAAAGUAUCUUCAGGUUAGAUUGACGGACUGCUCGCUGUAUGUGAGCCAACGUGAAAGUAUCCCUUUGGCUUGGGUCGAAGCAUCUCCCUCCGAGGACUUGAUCUUGGGAUUUAAUGAUAAUCACAUUGUUGCCUGGUCCCGACAAUACGAUGUUCUUUUGCAAUUGGCUUGCGGUGGUGGAAAUCGAUGCUGGGACUUCCGACUGAGCGAUAAUCGACUUUGCAUAGCAUAUGUCAAGCAAAAGCGUGUGCUUUUCUAUCGCAAUUCACUCUACAAUAGAGUCGCUAAUGAGAUUAAAGACAUUAAACCUAAUACCUGGCACACUCGGAAUUGCAAUACCAUUCGACUGCUUACCCACAAGAAUCAAUCGUUUCCCUAUAUUGUCUCGGCUGGCGAUGAUAAUAUCAUAAAGGUCACGAAAGUAAUCAAUGACUCCUUGUUUCAAUGUGCUGAACUGCACUCUCAUAUCUCAACUGUUCGUUGCCUACAGACACAUCUCUAUAAAUCGAAGGAGGACUCGAGUACAUGGCUUAUCUUUUCAGUUGGAGGACGAUCACAACUGUGUAUUAGCCAACUAAACAUAGAUAUCUCUAAUAAGUGCCACAUUACAGAACUAUCCACCCAUACCCUGCAAAAUGUAAUGGGAACAUCAUCUAAAACUAGUACCAUCGAGGCCCGACUCAUGGCAAUUGAUAUCGCCCAGCAUUCUAUUGGGGAAUAUUUCUCCAUAUAUGUUGCAGGCGCUGAUGGAAACAUAUCUCACUAUAUCUGGAAUGCGGAAGACCCCUGCCAACUAAAUCUAAAAUCUUUUGUAGAUCUAAAAAGGUGCCCUCUAAGCAUUCAGUGGAUCAGUAGCAAGGGUAUACUAUUGGUCUCAACCUCAAGUGGAGAAGUCUAUGGCUUUGAUCAAGAACUAGAAUCGAUAUAUGUGCAACUUCAACUCCAUGUGACGGGUAUAAAUACCAUAGAUAUAUAUGUAGAUAAGCAUCUAUUGCACAUAUUAUCGGGUGGAGAUGAUGAAAAUAUUAAGUACACAGUACUCAAUUUGGAUACCAAAGAUGUGGAGUACAAAACCGAGUUUCUGGGUCUUCACAAUGCCCAAGUAAAUGCUUUAGCCAUACAUUGCCCCACCAAAAAGAUCGAGGGAUCUGAAAUGUAUGCCUAUACCUGCAGUAUAGAUAGACAGAUCUAUAGAAUAGACCUCAAGACCCGCCAAUACAGUCGAGUUGGAUAUACGUGCAUAUCAGACGUUAAAGGAAUGCUUAUUGAUGAAUAUCAGCGAAUGUAUUUUUAUGGAUGUGGCUUACAAAUUAAAUGUAACUAGUUUGUAUAACUUAUUUGUUAUCUAAUUAAGAUUAUGAAGUAAGUUUAUAAUAAGUUUUGGUUAGGACCAUUAGGAUAGUCGUGUUAAAUGUUUGUCAAAAUGUCACAGUAAAACCUGAACUGCCUUACUUGUCAUUUUAAAUGUGAAACUUGACAAGUUUGUUCGUCGUUUGUUAAAAAUAAAUGAUAAGUUCCUUAAAA